UUUGAUUUCUAAUGACAGGAGUUGAUCUGAAUGAUCAUUGCCUACAACUUUCUUUCCUGUAAUUAGUACAUUUGAGUGCCAUGCUUUCACUAUUGUUGUUACUGCUGAGUCUGAAGACUCUUAACCAGCCAGCAGUAGCAGCAGCAACAGCAAAAAGUGAGCAAUCUUUCGUGAAGAUUAAAGGAGUUGAUGAAGAUCCAACACCAGCAACUAACAAGACCUCUGAAGACUACUAUGAAGAAUCUUAUAAUGGUCAAACUACUACCGACUCACAAUGGUUGUAUGAAUUUAUUGAAGAAAGAGAUGAGUGUGAACCAAAUCCAUGUUACAACAAUGGUGUAUGUGAGAAUGAUGGUGAUGGCGAUUUCAAAUGUACUUGCCCCCGGCCUUUUAAGGGCAAAAGAUGUCAAUCUGUUAUAAAUGUGUGUAGGAAUGUCAAAUGCGGCCAUGGCGAUUGCGUUUUUAUUGAAACAGAGCCCUUUUAUGAGUGCAACUGUGUUGCCCCCUUCCAGCCUCCUAAAUGCAGGAGACCCUCACCCUGUAAUCCCAGUCCCUGUUUGAAUGGUGGAACAUGUGUAAAGGGUCGUACACGGAUUAAAUUCCAUUGUAACUGUCCUGCAAACUACAGUGGAAAGUUCUGCCAAGUUGGUCCUGAUGAUUGCUAUGAGGGAGAUGGUUCCUCAUACAGAGGUUUCGUCAGUGAGACAGAGUCUGGACAGGAGUGUAUGCCUUGGUACUCUCAUUUAAUAGCAUACAUUCCUGAAUAUACUGGGGAGGAGGAGGAGGAAGAGGAGGAUGAUGGAAUUGGAUCGCAUAACUAUUGCAGGAACCCAGAUGGAGAGAAUCAGCCUUGGUGUUUCAUAAGAUACAAUAACUCAAUCGUAUGGGAUAACUGUAAUGUCAAACGCUGCAAGGGACAGCCAGUUUUAACAACGCCUGAGCCAGUAACGGAGAAGGUACCUGUAACAACCACGCUUUCUUCAGAAAAUGACUUCUCUGUUUGUGGAAAGAUAUGGCAAAGUAGGAUUGCAUCUAGGAUCUUUGGUGGGAAGAAGGCCAAGCCUGGAACUCAUCCCUGGCAAGUCUCAUUGCAGACACGCCGCAAAAAUAGCACUCAUUCUUUUAUUCAUUCCUGUGGAGGAAUUGUCCUCAACUCCUGCUGGGUCCUCACUGCUGCUCACUGCAUACAAGAGGGGAAAGAGAUGCAGGUAGUUCUUGGUGGGGUGGACCUGGAUAAGCAUGAGGCAGCAGAUCAGACACUAGCAGUCAAAAGUUAUAUCAUGCAUGAGAACUACACUGAAGUUGACGAUGUCCAGUACAAUGACAUAGCUCUGCUCAAACUGAAGACUGUGACAGAAGAUGGUCUUUGUGCCAAAGAGACUAAGUAUGUAAAAUCUGCAUGUCUGCCCCCCUACCCUUUUCCUGAUGGGAUAGAAUGCACUAUAUCAGGCUAUGGAGUCACUGAGCAUGAUGAGCAAGGUUCCAGACAGUUGCUGGACACAAAAGUUCUCCUGAUCAACCAAAACCGCUGCAUGGCUCCUAAUGUUUUUGGUGAUCUGCUGGAUGAAAACAUGCUCUGUGCUGGACGAAUGCAAGGAGGGAUUGAUGCUUGCCAGGGUGAUUCUGGAGGCCCCCUGAUCUGUAACCAGAAUGGCACAAAUUAUAUAUAUGGCAUAGUGAGCUGGGGUGAUGGCUGUGGCAAGAAGAAUAAACCUGGCAUUUAUACCCGUGUCACCAAAUUUCUUGACUGGAUCAGUGAAAAGAUGCGUUCUACAUAAAGUUGGGCCACACUUUAUUAUCAAGCUUUUGCAAAACCUUUAUUUUUGUUUUUAUAGUCAUGUGACAAUAAAGGUGACUUGACUUGACUUGAAGAAAAUAAAUAUCCUGCAAUACCUUAUCUA